UUUUGUUUUUAAUAAAUUAAUAGAAAUGUCUAAAAACCCAUUUUUUCUUUGUCAUUAUGGGGUAUUGUGUGUAGAUUGUUUUUCCCCUCAUCAAUGUAAUAAUUUUUCAAAUAAGCUUGUAACCUAACAAAAUUAGGAAAAAGUCAAGGGGUCUGAAUACUUUCCGAAGGCACUGUAUGUUUGGGAAAUAAGUAUAGAAGGACCAGCAGAGAAACUGAGUUAGAUAUCAACUAACUUAUUACACAAUUGAGACCCAUGUCUGUUACUUCACAACACUAACAGGAAGUUGCAUAUCUUUAUUUUGGCAGGAAAAUAUACCAUCCGUCAGACCAAGUGCAGAUAGUUCCUUAAUCAAUGACUAUGUUGUUGUCCCAAAGGUUUUUGUAAACAAAUGUAUACCCAUGCCAACAAAAAUGAUAUCCUAUGGAGCAAUAUAAAAACACAUACAUAUUCAAGUUGAAAACUGCAAAAAGAUUUGUGUGGCCAUACUAAACAAUUACCAAAUGCAAUACCUACAAACAGCUCUCAGGUAGAACACCUUUCUGCCUGCCCUCUCCCUCCUCCUGUCACUCUCUCUAUCUUAUACUCACUCUCUCUCUCCCUCUAUCUCUAUCUCUCUGUCUCUUUCUCCGUCUCUCUCUCAUUCCGACCUUCCCUCCAACCUCCUUCUCCCAUCUUACCUCCUCUCCACUAUAAGGCUCAAUGAUCAACCCAGUUGGCGUAAAUAGUAACUAUUUCAGGGACAGGGGCGGGUUGGUCGUGGGGAUAAAUGACCGCCUGCUCUCCUGUUCCAGUCAGCAUCCCAGGGAGCCUCAAACAGAGAGAUGAGAGAAGCACUCAAAAACCUGGUGCGGUACUGGAGGCUUUACCUGUUGACGUUGGUAUUGGGAAUUGGGGGAUCAUUUCAAUUGGGGAUGCACGUUUCCAUCAUGGCUUCUCCAGCUGAGCACAUCCAGAGCUUUGUGAACCAGACCUGGCUGAGGAGGUAUGAGGUUCCAGUAAGCGAUUCAACCAACAUGCUCAUCUGGUCUUUCAUAGUGUCUGUGUUCAGCCUGGGAGGAUGGAUCGGGGCUAUACACAGUGGCAGCCUCCCUGUCACCUAUGGCAGGAAGAAAGUCCUGCUGUUCAACAACAUAGUGGCCCUCGUAGCCGCUGUACUGAUGGUCGUCAGUCCCAUGGCCAAGUCCUUUGAGAUGAUCCUGCUGGGCAGAUUUCUCUAUGGAUAUAAUGCUGGCCUGGGGUGGAACGUGCAACUGAUGUAUCUGGGCGAGAGUUCACCCAAGAAGCUGAGAGGAUUCCUGACCAUCACCAUCAACAUCUUCAGUAGCCUGGGGAAAGUCACGGGUCAGAUUGCUGGAAUCAAGGAGCUGAUGGGUACCGAAGACAUGUGGCCCUGGCUCAUGGCCCUUGGUGGCCUCCCUGCCAUCCUCCAAUUUGUGACCUUGUUGUUCUUCCCUGAGACUCCGCGCUACCUAUACAUCGACAAGGGAGACACUGAGGGAUGCAGAAAAGCCCUGCACUGGCUGUGGCAGGAAGAUGACCUGCAGAUGGAGAUGGAUGAAAUGGGGAAGGAGAGAGCGAGUAUGCAGGGCCAGAAUGUUAAGACCAUUUGGGAUGUGCUGACUUCUCGCUGUGUCAGGUGGCAGCUGCUGGUUCUGGUCAUCCCCUGUGCCGGCGUUCAGUUCUGUGGGUUUAACGCGAUUUAUUUCUACGCUUUUGACAUCUUCCGUGAAGCUGGAGUAGCAGAGGACAAGAUGCAUUACCUGUCCAUUGGCAUCGGAACAACAGAUCUCAUCACCAUCAUUCUCUGUUCUCUGUUGAUCGACCGCGCGGGCAGGAAGAUGCUGAUGGGCUAUGGCUACCUGUUGAUGGGAGUCAUCAUGUCCAUCCUGAUUGUUAUGCUGUCUAUCAAGGACCUGUACUCAUGGGUCCCGUAUGCUAACAUCGCCCUCAUCUUCUCUGUCGUCUGCGUUUAUGGACUAGGACCUUCUGGAAUAGCCAGCAUCCUCCCUGCAGAUAUCUUCCUGCAGGCCUGGAGACCGUCCGCUUACGUCAUUAACGGCUCCGUCAACUGGUUAAGCCUGUUCUUGAUUGGAAUGUUCUUCCCCUUCCUAGUGGACGGACUGGGUCAGUUCUGCUUCCUGAUCUUUGUAGCAUACUGCCUCUUCAGCGCAGUGUUUGUACUCUACUUCAUCCCAGAGACCAAAGGCAAGGGCAUGGUGGAGAUCAUGGAGGACUUUAACAAACUCAACUACAAGAACAGGGGAACAGACACGGAAAAGGCUGACUUUGUUAUGGCAACGAAAUUUUAAAGAAAUGUAUUGAGUGGCUUGAGCGAUAUUGGUACACUCUUAGAAAAAAAGGGUUCCAAAAGGGUUCUUCGGUUAUCCCCAUAGGAGCACCCUUUUUGGUUCCAGGUAGAACCCUCUGUGGAAAGGGUUAUGUUUGGAUAGAAGUGUUAAGAGAUGUACUUUGUUUAGUUGUUAUUUUGAAUGUGGCUUUACAGCCAAAAAUCUGUCAUAACGCUGUUCUUACAUUCUAGUCAGGGGUCCUAUAUAGGGCUGUGGUGGUCAUGAAAUUUUGUCAGCAGAUGAUUGUCAAGCAAAUAACUACCGGUCUCAGGGUAAUUGACCGUUAAUGAACAUAAAUACAUUUAGCAUCUCCUGGCUUCCACUCAUAGCCUACAAGCCUAAUGCAAACCUUUGGAACAUCUACAUUUAAUAAAGUCUAAUAAAUCCAUGUAAUAUUGCCCACACCAUCACAAUAAAUAGAAAAUGUAGUCUAUUUCAGAAGAACAGAAUAGCAUACUCUGAGUUGUCCUUUUGUUAGGCCCUGAUCUGGCUAUGCCAUUAUUGCUGUGGGUUACACUAGUUCAUUUGACAAGAUUUGCUUAGAAUUCCGUGGCAUUAUUCUAUAUUAUUUCAUAGUAUGAAGAAUAAAAUUGAACAUAGCUGAAUAAAAUAUAAAUUAUAUUUUCUCCAAAGGAUUUGAGGGAGUGUGCACAUGUGGCUAUUCUGUGUUGAGUGCUUAAGGAAACAGCUACUCCUAUAUGCUUACUUUAGAGUUAUUUAUGUUGAACUAUUCUGUGCGAGUUAUAAAUAUUCCAAACAUAGUCUGAGACAGUUGUGGGAUACGAUAGAUCCCAAAUGAAUACAACCACUAUCAUAAAAAAAUUAACUGUUUUAAGCUAUGAGCCUGACGCAACAGAUGAGAACGUUAAGUUUAAAAGGUUGAUAAACGAUUGGGUUAUUUCUUCACAUUAUAAGCGCAGCAAUGUUUUUGCUAUCCAGGUCAAAGGGAAAGCUCGACUGCUGUUACAUGUGUCAUAGGGUUAUCAUACAUAUAUGGUGGAUGAUAUUGAAUUAUAACAUUGAAUUGUUUAGAACAGAUUGUGAUAAUACAUGAUGUAUCCUUUUGUUAGAUUGGAAAAUCAAUGAUCGAAGUUAAUAAAUGUCUACAUGCUUUCAA